AUGCCUCCACCCCCUGCGCCUCCUUCUCUGCAGCAGCCGCCAGCUCCCCCAUGCCUGCAGCGCCGCCGGCCCCUGCACACCACGCGCGAGGCCACCCCGUGCGCGCCGCCGGCCGGCCGCCGCUGGCCGCCCGGCCGCACGUCGUUGCCCGCCGGCGCAACCACCGUCAGGCCGCCGUUCCUCACCCACCCGGCCGAGGCAGCUCGCGUCGCCCCUGCCUUGCCUGCGCGGGCCCUGUGCGCACGCCACUGGGCCGCCGCCGCCGCUCCUGGUGCCCCUGUGCGCGCUCUCGUGACCGCCCGCGCGGUCGCCGGCUGCUCGGCCGCGGGCUCGCCCGCGCUGCCACCCCCGACUCACCUGCGCACGGCCGCCGUCCAGCCUGCACGCCGUCUUCACAUCGCUGUCAAUGCCGCGACCGAGAAUUUGAGGACCCCGGCCGCCGCGCCCCUGCAAUAG